AUGGCGACUGGGUACCUGCUCCUCUUUGCUUUAUGGACUGCAAUGACUAGCAUUGUCAAUUGCUGCCCUGAGCAAUGCACUUGCUCGGAUAAGUACGCCCAUCACUUUGCUGAUUGCACAUACAAAGACCUCCUGGUGGUUCCGGUGGGUUUGCCUUCCAAUGUGACCACCCUUAGCCUUUCGGCUAACAAGAUCAAAGUGCUGAAAUCCAAAACCUUUAUUAACGUCACUCAGGUGACCUCUCUAUGGCUGGCUCAUAACGAAAUUGUAACCAUAGAGAGAGACACCUUUGCCCCCAUGAUACAGCUGAGGAAUCUGGACAUCAGCCAUAACAAAAUUGUUAAUUUCCCCUGGGAGGACCUGUCUAACCUCACUGCAUUACAGCUUCUGAAAAUGAGCAAUAAUGAAAUGGUGAAUCUGCCUAAGGAUGCCUUCUCCACCCUCAAAGACCUGAGAUCGCUACGCAUUAACAAUAACAGGUUCACGACCAUCGUACAGGGUACUUUUGAUGCUCUAACAGCCAUGUCUCACCUUCAGAUUUAUAAUAACCCGUUCACUUGCUCCUGCAAACUGGAGUGGCUACGGGAUUGGAUCACUGAGGCCAAAAUCUCCAUCCCUGAGCAGGAAUCUAUUGUAUGCGAAGCUCCCGCCCACCUGCAAGGUGCACUGGUCACGAAAAUGCCCAAACUGGAAUGCAAGAUGCCAACUGUCACCAUAACCUACCAGCCCAACAUUGAAAACACAGACCUUUAUGAAGGAAAUUUGGUCGUUUUGAACUGUGAAUCUAAGGGGAGCCCUAAGCCUCAGUUAAAGUGGGAAAUAUUUGCUGGAAACCAACAAAUGAAAUUUCCUUUGCCUGUUGUUGUUGAGAACAGUGACAUUCCCAUCAAUGGUGCACCCACCAAUACCAGAUUCCUGGUGUUUCAAAAUGGCACCAUGAUCAUUCCUCGCAUGAGUAAAAAAGAGGAGGGCAACUACACUUGCUCUGCUGUUAAUGAAAUGGGCAAAGCAGAGAGCAGAGUCAAACUGGUUGUGCUGGGCACUCAGAAACAUGCCAUUAACUCUGUGCUUGAUGCAAAAGCAGGCAUACAUCCACCUGUAAACAAACCUGGGUCUAAGGGUUCCAAAAACAAUGUCAUCACUUGGACCAAGUCCGAAGAGAAGACCAAAAGCAUUCCAACUAGUUCAUCUUCUGUGACUGGGAAUUCUGAGCAAAUUGAUGCAGGAUCUGCUAAUUCACCUUUUGCCAGCAAGUGCGGUAUAAAUGAUGGUACACAAUACAUAUCUAACCAUGCUUUCAACCUGAGUUUGGAUGAGCUCAAACAGUACACAUUUGAUUUUGGAGUGAUUGCUCUGGAGGUGUCAGAGACAGAGGCCAAAGUCCAACUCAACCCUCUGCAGCUGGCCAGAAGCAAAGCUAAUCUACAUCUCAGUCAGCCACAAGACCUGGAAAUUGUGAACAAAGAUGGUUUUAGUCUGUACCAAAACCCGGUCAAAAAAGCCACUCUGGACAUGUUGUAUCUUUGCGUAAGCACGGGAAAUGGGCAUUCAGUGGUUCAGUGGUCCAAGAUAGAAGAUGGUGUAAAUGCUUAUCGUUUCCAAGGCUUACAGCCUGGUACCAACUACACCCUCUGUCUCACCUAUGGAGGCCAGGAUUGUCAGGUCCAAGUUGUCUUCACGACUAGAAAAAAAAUCCCAUCUUUGCUGAUCAUUUUAGUGGUUAGCAUUUUCUUGUUGGUUUUGGCUACCGUGCCCUUACUUGGGGCCACCUGCUGCCAUUUGUUAUACAAGUACCAAGGCAAGACCUACAAGCUGAUUAUGAAAGCUCAGAACCCAGAUCAGAUGGAGAAACACAUAGCAACUGAUUUUGAUCCAAGAGCAUCUUUCGUGGAAUCUGACAAAAAUUUCGACGCUAGUGAGAUUGGAGAUGGUGAGGGUGAUGCUGAAGGCGAAGAGGGAGACGGGGAAGAAGUAGAAGGCAGCGUCGUUACGGAGUCCAUUCCUGGCUCGCAGUCCAAAACUCAGGAGGAAUUCGAAGUGGGCUCUGAAUAUAGCGAUAGAUUGCCGCUUGGCGCUGAAGCGGUGAACAUCAACGAGGAAAUCAACGGCAAUUACAAAGAGCCAAGUCGUUGAGCUACUCUUUGCUAAGGGUCAGUGUGUA